AUGGGUGACAUUACAACGUCAACUCAACCGCCGGCGUUCGGAAUACAAGAUUUCAGCCGUCAAUAUCCCCCCCCCACUCAUCAAUUUCCAUCAAAAACAUACGUCUACGCGGUCUCGCAUGACCAGAUCUAUCCGACUAUACUAAUUUCGGGAACCCUUCGCCCAUGGUUGCUGUCUAAUACGCGCCCCAAAGCUCGCAUGACUAGGUACGGGGGAAUGGGGAGGACGCGCCCAAAAAAGCUCACCUCCAAGGCGUCAAUCCCCAUAGUCCGGGAGCAGGAUAUAGACAUCAUCGAGGACGAGGUCCAUAAUGCCCUCCAACAGAUCGAGACUGGCGUUGAGAAGGCGGAGGAGUCGGAAUUCCAUCUUCAAGUCGCGAUAAGUGCGACUGCCCGAGGAAAAGUAAAUGAUGCGCAUAUCCCGACCCCGGAGACCGUUCUCAGCAAUCUCCGAUAUGACGAGCUCUAUCCUCCUAUCUUCUCGCAGCCGGCGACGUACAUCCGUUUCUCCUCUACUGUAGAGGACUGCUGCAGAUGCUCGUAUAAUAUGACUGAUGAGGAUGACGUAUUCCUCAAGAUAUUUAACCAGAAGCGUGACGCCGCCGGCCGCUGCAGUGAAGACCAGUUUGAAGAAGUUAUGAACUUCUUUGAAGAGACCGCGCAGGCCAAACAACCGUUUGCAGCUGUUGAUAACCCUCCUGUUCUGAGUUUCUCAGACUUGCAGGAGUCGAUGGAUGCAGCAGUAGAGGACAGCGUAAGGCGAUUCGCCAAAGACAUGUACGAGCAUUGGAAAUCUAGGAGGAUGAGUGCCGGCAACCGAUCCCUAGUGUCAAACCUCAAGUUUGAAACGGGCCAAGAUACCGAUGACUCGGAUCCAUAUGUCUGCUUCCGUAGGCGGGAAGUGCGCCAGAUUCGCAAGACUCGUGGUAGAGAUGCUCAGAGCGCCGAUAAAUUAAGGAGACUCAGGAAAGAGUUGGAAGACGCGCGGCAAUUGGUCGCUCUUGUUCGCCAGCGCGAGUUGGCAAGGAAGGAGAUGCUCGCAGUUGAACGGCAAGUCUUCUUGCAGCGUUCAGAAGUCAAGGAGAUGAAGAGGAAACUCAACAUCAAGGAUGACGACGAGGAUCUCAUUAACCAAAAGCCAAAGAGGAAACCGGCAGAGGUACCAGCAAUGCAACGUCCAGCAGCUCCCCAACUUCGGAUGCCCCCAAAGCCUGGUACGCAGGCGUCAGAGGACCUGCAGUUGUUGGAAGAUGUUCAAGCGGAGAAAGAGAACGAGAUUAUACGCGAUAUCAAGCAAAACAUCGCCAAGCAUAUCAGGUGGAACGAGGGCUAUUUGGACCUCACCAAAGUGCCCCUCUCACCGUCUCCUGAGAGAACAUUUGAUGCUGCUUUUCGGCCAGCGAUUACCACUCAAUUGCCAACCCCUCCGUCAUCAGAUUCGUCCGAGAAUAUGUCGGGUUCGGCUAUAGAUACCCUGAAUUCCUUGUCUUUCCGCGAAACGAUGGCUUCCCAUUCCAUGGUACUAGGCGAAGACACGAGCAAGAUGCCCUCAUUUAGGAGACGUGUCGGACGUGGUGGACGCCUGUGGAUCGAUCGUCGAAAUCUCGUUUCGCGAUGUAGAGUGGAGGCGGAUCCUUGGAAAGCCGAUCGUUUCAAGUAUGACCAGGAGGAUUCGGAAGAUGAGCUCGAGUAUGAAUACGACCCGUAUGAUAUUCAGCUUAUGCAGCAUCGAGCAAUGAUCGUGGCCAAGGCUCGAGAUCAAGCUGCGGCUCAAGCACAUGCGCAGGCGCAAGCAGCACAGGCUCAGGCUCAAGCCCAAGCACAGCGACGAUUGCAAGCUGAUCAAACAGCUAACAAUCCAACAAACACGGGGCACACAAUGGGGUCAAAGCCCGGGCCUGGUGCCGUUGCCCCUGUAUCCGAGACUUGA